UCUAAUGGGAGCUAAUCAAAGUAAUCAACAAGCAUAACAAGAAAAGAAGCGUCCAAGAAAGAGAGAUCUCUUGAUGGGCUUGUGUAUGAGUUAACUACAACCCAAGGAUGCGUAAGCGAGAAGCAGAUUGUAAAAGAGUCUUUCUGAGAAUAUGAAAUGUCAAACACAAGACAUAUUAACGUAAUUUAUUUGUUUACAUUCUUAGUAAGAUGAGUGACGAGGAAAUGCCUAAGCAUUCAAUUAAAAUAUUACAAUACUUUUUAAAUUUCCUUACAAUCAAGGAGUGUAUGCAACUCAAGCUGGUUAAUAGAAAACUGAAAUUCAUGAUCGAAAUGAGUAGCAACAUCUACUCAAACUUUCUCAGUCAAUAUUAUUUGAGAAAGUUGUAGUUACACUGUUUUGUAGAAUAUGGAUUACAUCGGGGAUUUGUGUCUGUAUUCUCUGAACAAUUAUUGAAUAUUGAGACAAACUAGGAUGAAUCCUGGAUACGGAUAUAUGCAAAUUUCCAUAAAAGCAUGUAAUUCAAUUUUUAGAUUAUUCCUUAGAUCCUAAUUGAGGAGAAUUGAAGAAGAGAUAUCGUCUCAUUUUAGCAUUGAUUAUUCCAUAACAGAAAAAAUACUAGAAAUCUGCAGAAAUCCCACAUUCCCUAUUCCAAUUUUGACUGAUGACGUCCUUAAACAAUCAACCACAAGUUGGUUUCAGUUAGAACUUGCCUAAAAAACAACUGACUACAGUGCUGUGGAAAGAGUCCCCCUCUUAGAUUAAUUGACAGAUAAAUUAUAUGACGAAUGCGAGGCCACUUUCAAUAAAGACAAUAUAAAACACACCCAAUUAUUAUUUGAAUUAAGAUGGAUAAUCAUCGACAACUUUAUAAAGGAUCCAAGUUCCUUAGAUUAAGAUAAUGUUCCAAUAUUGUUAAAGUUACUGGCUCAACUACUUCAUUUCAUUUAUCAAAGGUGCAUUUUUAGUAGAAAUGUCUUGACCAUCAUUAAGUAAAACAAGAAGCCAGCCUUAUUUUUAAAUAUGUAUUCAGUGUUGUGGGAAUCCUUCAUUGGAAUUGUUUGGGCACUAAAUAGAUCCCUUAAGAAGAUGUAUAAUAAAUUGGAUUAGUUAUUUAAUAAAUACUACACAACCUAAUUCCCUUAAAUCACAUUCACUAGUGCACUGGUUAGAUUGUGGACAUAGAUUGUAAUCAAAGGUACCAAGAAUGUUGAAAAUGAUCCUAUAGAAAAUGAAUUGUUCUUAUCUUUUGAUACAAUUUUGAGAAAUAAAAGAAACUUAUUAUUUGAGUAUUUCACCAAAGAUUAAAUCAAAAAUCAGAAACAAUCAAUAAGUCAUAUUGUUGAUGACGAUUAUUUUAAAUACUGUUCAAGUGCAGUUGAUAGUUUGUUAAACAAAUUUACCUCAAAUAUCCUUGACUUAUCCUUACAUGAACAAAGUAUUCAUUGGAUUGGACAUUCUUAAGUUAAAGUUGGAUAACUCUAUGGAUAAAUCCUAGAAAUUGUAGUCAAAUAGACAAAUGAACUUUAUAAUCAAGCAUCCAUAUAAUUCUCUACAAACUUUACUGUCUUUAAAGAUUACAUAUUAGGUAUUUAAUAUCAUCUAUACCUUAGCUGAAACCAGAUACAUGUAAGAAAUCCUGAAUCAAUGGACCGUAUAAGUGUGUAUCUUACCGAUCGGAAUAAAUUACUUGUAUGACAAAAUUAAAAUCAACCUCAGACAAUAUGUUCUAUCUUGUUAAUUGAACUCCUGCAUUGAAGAGUAGAGAAAUUUUGAGGAGAAUAUUUUGGAAUCUUAGAUUAUACCCCCAACUCUUCAAUUUAUCAAAUUUAAUGAACCAGACGAAUUAUCAUCAAGAAUUGAGAGAGAAGAUUCUAUCUUAGAAAGUUUCAUUUGCUAAAUAUUGAAAGAAGAGGUAACACAACCUGUAGGAUUGUCUCGAAUGGUUUAAUAACAUCAACAGCAAUCAAUUUACUAGCAAUAGUUUAAUUUGCCUAAAAUCUCCUCAACUAAGCAACAAAGCAUUGUGGAAGGAGAUUACAGUAAACUCAGAAUGCUUUCAACUUUCUCUGCAAGUACUAGAGUUAGUUAAGUUACAUAAAUUACUAGUGUUCUUAGUUAAUAGAUACUUUCAUCCAUAAGAUCAAACCUCAAUAUGUUCUAGGUCAAGGAUAUUAGGUAUAAAUUGGAGAACAAUUAAUGGGCCACUUAUUUAAAGGACAUCCAUAUUUUGGAAGUAGAAAAUAAAAUCAAAAUUGAUAAGAGAAACAACCAAAUCUAAAUGAGAAAUUUCAUGAGACAAAUACCUUAAGAUUUAGAAGAAUCAUUUAACAAUAUCAUCGAUUUUACAAAGAUCUGGAAUUUGUUAGAUACUCAAAACAUCUACUUAGCAACAGACGAUGUGGCCAAUAUUGAAAUAAAUAAACAGUUUCCUUAAAGAGUUUUCAGCGAAAUCCAAUUUGGAGAUGGGCUGUUUGCAUCAUAUUUCUAAUAAGUAUGA